AACAUCAAGGCCUUGACAUUCAGUCGCCGUCAACCGGCGCGGCAGCUCCUACCAAGUUUCUACUUUAUUUCCAUCAUAUUUCCAUAACAAGUUUUACCCGCAGUCGUUUCUCGUAAACACCGCAUUCUUACUAAAAUCUCGGUCACAAGCAGACCUUUAUAGUUAUCUUUUAAAGUGCCAUAAUGAAGAGUUAUAUAGAAUACAGUUCGAGCACGGAUUUUCCAAUUGAAAAUCUGCCGUAUGGAGUGUUUACUUCGCCUAAAAACCAAACAAAACACAUCGGCGUUGCGAUUGGAGACUCGAUAUUGGACUUGCAUGUCAUCUCUCAUCUGUUCACGGGGCCGCUGCUCAGAGAUAAGCAGAAUGUGUUCAAGGAGGAGAAACUAAACGCCUUCAUGGGUCUCACGAGACCUCACUGGGUUGAAGCCAGAACCACCCUUCAAAGUCUAUUGGACGUCUCCAACACUACACUACAAAGUGACAAUGAUCUCAGACAAAGAGCCUUCAUCAAGCAGAGUGAUGCCACAAUGCACUUGCCUGCCCAAAUCGGAGAUUACACGGACUUCUACUCAUCGAUUCAUCACGCCACCAAUGUGGGCAUCAUGUUCAGGAGCAAGGAGAAUGCUCUGAUGCCCAAUUGGAAAUAUAUACCAGUGGGCUAUCACGGACGAUCGAGCUCUAUAGUGCCGUCCGGGACGCCGGUACGGCGACCGUACGGGCAGACGCAGCCCGUUGACGGUGCAGACCCAGUGUUCGGUCCAUGUCGCCUAAUGGAUUUCGAACUGGAAAUGGCUGCCUUUGUAGGUGGUCCUCCCACCAAGCUGGGAGAGAGAGUCACAGCUAAUCAAGCUGAAGAUAGACUGUUUGGAUUGGUGCUUAUGAACGAUUGGAGCGCAAGGGACAUCCAAAAAUGGGAGUAUGUUCCACUCGGCCCGUUCACAGCCAAGAACCUGGGUACCUCCAUCUCCCCCUGGGUGGUGACCGUCGAGGCGCUGCGCCCCUACAUCGUGGGGAACUUCCCGCAGGACCCGAAGCCGUUCCCGUACCUGACACAUGAGGAUAAUUUCAAUUUUGAUAUCAAGCUGGAAGUGGAUUUGAAAACGGACAAAUCCCCCGUGGUGACGACUAUAAGCCGAAGCAACUACCGCUACAUGUACUGGACAGCCAAGCAGCAGUUGGCUCAGCAAACCGUCACGGGCUGCAACCUCAACCCUGGGGACCUGCUGGGCACCGGCACUAUCAGCGGAGAGACUCCGGACUCCUACGGGAGCAUGCUAGAGCUGUCUUGGAGGGGCACCAAACCCCUCCGCCUGUUGAACGGAGAAGAGAGGAAGUUCCUGCAAGAUGGCGACACUGUCAUACUGCGAGGUCACUGCGUGAAUGAAGCCGGGACGAGAAUAGGCUUUGGAACAUGCGAGGGAAAAUUGUUGCCGGCCAUACCUUUUGAAGAAUAGUUGAUAUAGCUUUUUUGUACUGAUUUUGGAAGUAUAUAUUGUGUUUAUUA